CGCCGCGGGACUAUCUGGUCCCGGCAGCAGCGAUGUCCCCCGGCAGGAAUGUCCCUCCUCAGAUAAUGUUAUUUAUAUCUCUGGGCGGGUCCGCGGCUCCGCAGCACCAGGCGCCCGGCGGCCACUGUGCCAGGAGCCCCGUGCUGCCCUCCUCCCCCUGCGCCGCCGCCCCCGGGCUCUGGGUGGCCGCCGCUUCAGCCCCAGCGCAGGGACCUUUCCAUGAAGACUGAGACAGGCACAGCUGCUAAGAAGAGCCUGCUGACAUGACAUCGGCCACAGAGUUUGAAAACGUAGGCAACCAGCCGCCAUACAGCCGGAUCAACGCCCGCUGGGAUGCCCCGGAUGAUGAGUUGGAUAACGACAACAGCUCAGCCAGGCUCUUUGAGAGGUCCCGGAUCAAGGCCUUGGCAGAUGAGCGGGAAGUUGUUCAGAAGAAGACCUUUACGAAAUGGGUCAACUCCCACCUGGCUCGAGUGUCCUGCCGCAUCAGCGAUCUCUACAAGGACCUGCGAGACGGGCGCAUGCUCAUCAAGCUGCUGGAGGUGCUCUCCGGAGAGAUGCUGCCAAGGCCCACCAAGGGCAAGAUGCGCAUCCACUGCCUGGAGAAUGUGGACAAAGCCUUGCAGUUCCUCAAGGAGCAGCGCGUGCACCUGGAGAAUAUGGGCUCCCAUGAUAUCGUGGAUGGCAACCACCGCCUGGUCCUAGGCCUCAUCUGGACCAUCAUCCUCCGAUUCCAGAUUCAGGACAUCGUUGUCCAAACUCAAGAAGGUCGUGAGACGCGCUCGGCUAAGGACGCGCUGCUCCUGUGGUGCCAGAUGAAGACGGCGGGCUACCCCCAUGUCAACGUCACCAACUUCACCUCCAGCUGGAAAGAUGGCCUGGCCUUCAAUGCCCUAAUACAUAAACACCGGCCUGACCUCAUCGACUUUGACAAGCUAAAGGAUUCCAACGCCCGGCAUAACUUGGAGCAUGCGUUUGAUGUGGCCGAACGCCAGCUGGGCAUCAUCCCACUCCUUGACCCCGAAGAUGUCUUCACGGAAAACCCAGACGAGAAAUCCAUCAUCACCUACGUGGUGGCCUUUUAUCACUACUUCUCCAAGAUGAAGGUGCUGGCGGUGGAGGGCAAGCGAGUCGGCAAGGUCAUCGACCAUGCCAUCGAGACCGAGAAGAUGAUCGAAAAGUACAGCGGGCUUGCCUCAGACCUGCUCACCUGGAUUGAGCAAACCAUCAAUGUCCUGAACAGCCGCAAGUUUGCCAACUCGUUGAGUGGCGUCCAACAGCAGCUACAGGCCUUCAGCACCUACCGUACUGUGGAGAAGCCACCCAAGUUUCAGGAGAAAGGGAAUCUGGAAGUCCUCCUGUUCACUAUCCAAUCCCGGAUGAGAGCCAACAAUCAGAAAGUGUACACGCCGCACGACGGGAAGCUAGUGUCUGACAUCAACCGGGCCUGGGAGAGCCUGGAGGAAGCGGAAUACCAAAGGGAGCUGGCCCUGAGGAGUGAGCUCAUUCGACAGGAGAAACUGGAACAGCUGGCGAGACGCUUCGACCGAAAGGCUGCCAUGAGAGAGACGUGGCUCAAUGAAAACCAGCGCCUCGUGACCCAGGAUAACUUCGGGUAUGACCUGGCAGCUGUGGAGGCCGCCAAGAAGAAGCACGAAGCCAUUGAGACCGACACAGCCGCCUAUGAGGAGCGGGUAAAGGCCCUGGAAGACCUGGCCCAGGAGCUCGAGAAAGAGAAUUACCAUGACCAGAAACGCAUCAUGGCCCGGAAGGACAAUAUCCUCCGCCUGUGGAGCUACCUGCAGGAGCUGCUGCGGUCCCGGCGCCAGAGGCUCGAGGCCACCCUGGCGCUGCAGAAGCUCUUCCAGGACAUGCUGCACAGUAUCGACUGGAUGGAUGAGAUCAAGGCUCACAUCUUGUCUGCUGAAUUUGGGAAGCAUCUAUUAGAGGUUGAAGACCUGCUUCAGAAGCACAAGCUAAUGGAGGCCGAUAUUGCCAUCCAAGGGGACAAAGUGAAGGCGAUCACAGCAGCCACCCUGCAGUUCACUGAGGGGAAAGGGUACCAGCCUUGUGACCCCCAGGUCAUCCAGGACCGCGUCAGUCACCUCGAGCAGUGCUUCAGUGAACUAAGCAACAUGGCGGCUGGACGGAAGGCGCAGCUGGAGCAAUCCAAGCGACUCUGGAAGUUCUUCUGGGAGAUGGACGAGGCUGAAAGCUGGAUCAAGGAGAAGGAGCAGAUCUACUCCUCCCUGGACUACGGCAAGGAUCUGACCAGCGUGCUCAUCUUACAGCGCAAGCACAAGGCCUUCGAGGACGAGCUCCGGGGGCUGGAUGCCCACCUGAAGCAGAUCUUCCAGGAGGCUGAGGGUAUGGUUGCCCAAAAGCAGUUUGGACACCCACAGAUCGAGAACCGUGUCAAGGAGGUCUCGGCCCAGUGGGACCAUUUGAAAGAGCUGGCUGCCUUUCGGAAGAAGGACCUGCAGAAUGCAGAGGACUUCUUCCAGUUCCAGGGCGAUGCAGACGACCUGAAGGCUUGGCUGCAAGAUGCUCACCGGCUACUCUCCGGCGAAGACGUAGGGCAAGACGAAGGUGCGACGAGAGCCCUGGGGAAGAAGCACAAGGACUUUCUAGAGGAGCUGGAGGAGAGCCGCGGGAUGAUGGAGCACUUAGAGCACCAAGCCCAGGGUUUCCCCGAGGAAUUCCGAGAUUCCCCGGAUGUCACGAGCCGGUUACAGACCCUCCGGAAGCUCUACCAGCAGGUGUUGGCCCAGGCAGAAUUGCGUGGACAGAGGCUGCAGGAUGCCCUGGACUUAUACACAGUGUUCGGGGAGUCAGACGCCUGUGAGCUGUGGAUGAGCGAGAAGGAGAAGUGGCUGAACCAGAUGGACAUCCCAAACACGCUCGAGGACCUGGAGGUUGUGCAGCACAGGUUUGACAUCCUGGACCAGGAAAUGAAGACUUUGAUCACUCAGAUCGACGGCGUGAACCUUGCUGCCAACAACCUGGUGGAGAGUGGCCACCCACGCAGUGGGGAAGUAAAGCAGUAUCAGGAUCGCCUGAACAAGAGAUGGCAAGACUUCCAGGCAGUGGUGUCGGAGCAGAGAGAGGCUGUGGACUCGGCUCUUCGAGUGAAUAACUACUGUGUGGAUUGUGAGGAGACCAGCAAGUGGAUCGUGGACAAGACAAAAGUUGUGGAGUCUAUCAAGGACCUGGGGCAGGACCUGGCUGGGGUCAUUUCCAUCCAGCGGAAGUUGUCAGGGCUGGAGCGGGAUAAGCUGGCCAUCCAGGACCGUGUGAGUGCGCUGCAGCGUGAGUCACAGCAUUUGAUGGAGUCACACCCUGAACAGAAAGAGGACAUUGGCCAGCGGCAAGCAGAUGUUGAGAAGCUGUGGAAGGGCCUGCAAGAUGCCUUGCAAGAUCAGGAGCUCUCCUUAGGUGAGGCCAGCAAGCUGCAGGCUUUCCUGCAGGAGCUAGAUGACUUCCAGGCCUGGCUGUCGAUGGCCCAGAAGGCAGUGGCCUCCGAGGACAUGCCUGAAUCACUCCCGGAAGUUGAGCAGCUCCUACAGCAGCAUGCAGCCAUUAAGGAAGAGAUUGAUGCGCAUAAAGACAAGUACCACCAGGUCAAGGCUUCUGGGGAGAAGGUGAUCGAAGGCCAGGGGGACCCAGAGUACCAGCUUCUGGGUCAGCGGCUAGAGGGCCUAGAUACCGGCUGGGACGCUCUGUGCCGGAUGUGGGAAAGCCGAGGGCACUCCCUCACCCAGUGCCUGGGCUUCCAAGAGUUCCAGAAAGAUGCCAAGCAGGCUGAAGCCAUCCUCAGCAACCAGGAAUACACCCUGGCUCAUUUAGAGCCUCCAGAUUCCCUGGCAGCAGCAGAGGCUGGGAUCCGAAAGUUUGAAGAUUUCUUAGGGUCUAUGGAGAACAACCGCCAUAAGGUGUUGAGUCCUGUGGACUCUGGAAACAAGCUGGUGGCUGAGGGCAACCUGUAUUCAGACAAGAUCAAAGAGAAGGUGCAGCUGAUUGAAGACAGGCACAAGAAGAACAAUGAGAAGGCCCAGGAGGUUACAAUUCUCCUAAAAGACAACCUGGAGUUACAGAACUUCCUCCAGAACUGCAAGGAGCUUACUCUCUGGAUCAAUGACAAGCUGCUGACAUCGCCUGAUGUCUCUUAUGACGAAGCGCGCAACCUUCACAACAAAUGGAUGAAGCACCAGGCAUUUGUGGCAGAACUGGCUUCGCAUCAAGGGUGGCUUGAGAACAUUGAUGCAGAAGGGAGGCAGCUGAUGGAAGAGAAGCCCCAGUUCAAGGAUGUGGUGUCAGAAAGGCUGGAUGCCCUGCACAAGCUCUGGGAUGAACUGCAGACGACCACGAAGGCGAAGACUGAACAGCUCUCGGCUGCCCGGAGUUCCGACCUGCGCUUGCAGACCCAUGCAGACCUUAACAAAUGGAUCGGCGCCAUGGAGGACCAGCUGCGAUCAGACGACUUGGGCAAGGAUCUGACCACUGUCAACCGGAUGCUGGCUAAGUUGAAGCGAGUGGAGGACCAAGUGAACUUGCGGAAGGAGGAGCUGGAGGAACUUUUUGCCGAGGCACCCUCGCUGGGAGCGGAGGCAGGAGACACAGACAUGAGCAUCGAGAAGCGGUUCCUAGACCUUCUAGAACCUCUGGGGAGGAGGAGGAAGCAGCUGGAAUUAUCCAAAGCCAAGUUACAGAUCAGCCGGGACUUGGAGGAUGAGACGCUCUGGGUGGAAGAGAGGCUGCCAUUGGCUCAGUCCGCUGACUAUGGCACUAAUCUGCAAACUGUGCAGCUGUUCAUGAAGAAGAACCAGACCCUGCAGAAUGAGAUCCUGGGCCAUGCCCCACGGGUGGAGGACGUGCUACAACGAGGGCAGCAGCUGGUGAAGGCGGCAGAGAUGGACUGCCAAGACAUCGAGGAGCGCCUGGGGCAUCUGCAGGGCUCGUGGGACACACUGCGGGAGGCGGCGGCUGGCCGGCUGCAGCGCCUGAGGGAUGCCCAUGAGGCACAGCAGUACUACCUGGAUGCUGGUGAGGCGGAAGCCUGGAUCGGCGAGCAGGAGCUCUAUGUGUUCUCUGACGAGCCCCCUAAGGACGAAGAGGGCGCCAUCGUGAUGCUCAAGCGACACCUGCGGCAGCAGCGCACAGUGGAUGAGUACGGGCGGAAUAUCAAGCAGCUGGCCGGCCGCGCCCAGAACCUGCUGUCUGCAGGCCACCCUGAGGGGGAACAGAUCAUCAGGCUCCAGGGACAAGUGGAUAAACAGUACGCGGGGCUGAAGGACAUGGCUGAGGAGCGCAGGCGGAAGCUGGAGAACAUGUACCACCUGUUCCAGCUGAAGAGAGAGGCUGACGACUUGGAGCAGUGGAUUACAGAGAAAGAGAUGGUGGCCUCAUCCCAGGAAAUGGGGCAAGACUUUGACCACGUGACCAUGCUCCGUGACAAGUUCCGAGACUUCGCCCGGGAGACGGGGGCGAUCGGGCAGGAGCGAGUAGACAACGUGAAUGCCAUCAUCGAGCGGCUCAUCGAUGCGGGCCACAGCGAGGCAGCCACCAUUGCCGAGUGGAAGGAUGGGCUGAAUGACAUGUGGGCCGACCUGCUGGAGCUCAUUGACACCCGCAUGCAGCUGCUGGCUGCCUCCUACGACCGGCACCGCUACUUCUACACAGGCACUGAGAUCCUGGGCCUCAUAGAUGAGAAGCACAGAGAGCUGCCCGAGGAUGUGGGGCUGGACGCCAGCACGGCUGAGUCUUUCCACCGGGUCCACACUGCCUUCGAGCGGGAGCUCCACCUCCUGGGUCAGCAGGUGCAGCAGUUCCAGGAUGUGGCCACCCGACUGCAGACAGCAUAUGCAGGAGAGAAUGCAGAUGCCAUCCAGAACAAGGAGCGGGAGGUGUCCACGGCCUGGCAGGCACUACUUGAUGCAUGCGCCGGGCGCAGGGCUCAGCUGGUGGACACAGCAGACAAGUUCCGCUUCUUUAGCAUGGUUCGCGACCUCCUCUCCUGGAUGGAGAGCAUCAUCCGGCAGAUCGAGACCCAGGAGAGACCCAGGGAUGUCUCCUCUGUGGAAUUGCUCUUGAAGUAUCACCAGGGCAUCAAAGCUGAGAUCAACACCAGAGCCAAGAACUUUAGCACCUGCCUAGAACUCGGGGAGUCCCUGCUUCAGCGGCAACACCAGGCCUCAGAUGAGAUCCGGGAGAAAUUGCAGCAGGUGGUGUCCAGGAGGCAGGAGAUGAAUGACAAGUGGGAGGCCCGCUCUGACAGGCUCCACAUGUUGCUGGAGGUGUGCCAGUUCUCGAGGGAUGCCUCUGUGGCCGAGGCAUGGCUGAUCGCCCAGGAGCCCUAUCUGGCCAGCCGGGACUUUGGACACACAGUGGACAGCGUGGAAAAGCUCAUCAAGAGGCACGAGGCUUUUGAGAAAUCCACAGCGAGCUGGGCAGAGCGCUUUGCUGCCCUGGAGAAGCCCACCACGCUGGAGCUUAAGGAACGCCAGACUCCAGAAAGACCCGCAGAGGAACCUGGGCCUCAAGAGGAGGAAGGCGAGACAGCUGGCGAGGCUCCCCAGGUCCACCGUGCGGCCACUGAGCGAACAUCCCCGGGGGAAGAAAGAGGAACAUGGCCUCAGGACCUGCAGCCACCACCCCUGCCAGGACACCACAAGGAUGAGCAGGAGAGAUCCGUUGGGGAGGAGAGGCCUGCCACAGAGCCCCUCUUUAAGGUCCUGGACACGCCCCUGAGUGAGGGUGACGAGCCCACGACGCUGCCAGCCCAGCGGGACCUCGGGCACACUGUGCAGAUGGAGGGCUACCUGGGCAGAAAGCACGACCUAGAGGGGCCCAACAAGAAGGCCUCGAACAGGUCCUGGAACAACCUGUACUGUGUGCUCAGGAACAGCCAACUGACCUUCUACAAGGAUGCUAAAAACCUGGCCCUUGGGGUGCCCUACCACGGCGAGGAGCCCCUGGCCCUGAGGCAUGCCAUCUGUGAGAUCGCUGCCAACUAUAAGAAGAAGAAGCAUGUAUUUAAGCUGAGGUUAAGUAACGGCAGUGAGUGGCUCUUCCAUGGCAAGGAUGAGGAGGAGAUGCUGCUGUGGCUACAGAGCAUGAGUACUGCCAUCAACGAGUCCCAAAGCAUCCGUGUCAAGGCACAGAGCCUGCCUCUGCCUUCCCUUGCGGGUCCUGAUGCCAGCCUCGGCAAGAAGGAGAAGCGGUUUAGCUUCUUCCCCAAGAAGAAGUAGCAGCUGGAGGCCCCCGUGGGCGGGGCCAGGCAGGCAGCACUGCGGCGUGGGCGUGCGUGCAUCGGGACGUGUAAGGACCAGGAGCCCACGGCCUCGGAUCUCCACAGCGGCCAGUCCUCCUCCUGCCUGCCACCCCACUGCCUGCAGCCUGCCUGUUCAAGUUGCUGGGCCGGCCCCAGGGCCCACACUGCGCCGCGAUAGCUGCCUUGCCUGCCUGGCCUCCCGGCCUUCCCAAUGCCUGCCAAUAGCCCUCCACCUCCCCCACGCCAUGCAGCUGGCUGGGCUCCAGGGACAGGAGGUUCAGUCCCUUUGGGGCUAGAGACGGUUCUGGGUUCUGUAAGGCAUAUACUCUCCUCUUCCUGCCCCCAACAAGCUGGGAAGCCUGAUGGGGUUCCUCCAGCACUGCCCACGACCACAGCAACUGCCCCUAGGGGGUCAAUGACCACAAUCAGCCAGGAAAAGGGAUAUUGGCAAUGACUGCCCUGCUUCUCAGGGGCAGGGGAAAGAGCCGUCAGAGCCCCAGUCUGGGCUUGGUAUAUAUACCAGCUGGUGAGGUACCAAGGGGACAAUAACCGGUGUCAAGCUUUGAGUACUGCCAGCCUCCUCGCUGCUGGGCUCCCUCAGAAAUGGGACUCUCUCCUCAGGGCUAGCAUGUCCCUUUUUUUUCCUUCUCACACCGCUAAGAGUUUUGGUGAGUCCUGAGUGAAGGAGCCUCCUGCUCUUCCUCUUUAUGGCACCCUUUGCUCCUCCUAGCAUUGGGGAGUGUUAGGACGAGAAGCCCUCAUACCACUCCUUUGGAAACCCUGGCUAGAGCCUAUUAGGGCUCAGGCCUCUGCUGCAGGAGGGACAGAAAGGUCCCAACACUGCUUAAGGUUCUGCCUCUAUACUGCGGCUCUUUUCCCCAGUAGCAACCAAACCAGCAAUAUGUGGCCAGGGCUGGUGCCAGAUACAAGCUGAAUAUCCAGGUCCUGCAGUAAAGUAUCACAAAGCUAAAUGCCCACUGUGUCCUCCCAUCCCAUCCCAUACAGUUGGUACCCAGUCAGUGGCUGGACACAGAGCUCUGUUUAUUACCGAGGGGUGACAAAUGCAGGCACAUGACACAAUUACCCCUGGAACAUAGGGAUGGAUGUUGGGAACAUAGUCGUACAGGUAUGACCCCUGCUGAUAGGCUUCUGCAGGCCUAGUCUUACGUUCUGGAGGCUCAUAUGGUAUAAAGGUCUCCAAACACCUACCAUUGCUCUCCAAGCAUCAAAGGAGGCUCUGCCGCCCAUCCCUAGGGAGCGUUCCCCAUGCCUGUGGAAGAACAGGACCACUGGUCCUGAAGGCAUUCUCUACUACACAACUGGAAGCAACACAGCUCCAGUCCAACCUGGCAGCUGGAGUUAGGAGGAGUCGAGGCAACAGGCCUUUUCACCUAGGAGACCAUCCGUGUCCCCAGGGAUCACAGCCAGCUUCUACUGCCUUCCCCAUGGGUAAGGCUCAAUGGAAGCGCCCAGUUCCUAGGCCUCCCCAGAACCCCUUGUCGACCAGGCAGGUAUAACUCAGAGAUCAGGUGCACCUUGUGACCCAACACGUGAGUAUGAAUGCAACCCCAGUAGAUGACAGCCACCGAGGCCACUGUGGCCAUCAGGCCCUGAUUUUCUCAACUCCGCAGCGUCUUUACUUGGCCUUGGUGUAUAGGACCCUAUAGCCCUCCCCUUCUAUAGGGAACACAGUGGGCACCAUUCGCCAGCCUCUUUUUACAGCUGGAGAAACCAAAGCAGCAGACAGGGAGGCCCGUGCACCCUGACAAUAAAAAGUGCCAUGGUGCAUGGAGAGGAGGCAUGUCUAUCUCUGGGCUCCGUGCUGAAGCAUUGGGUGGCAAGCAGCUCCCGCAGGCACUUUCCUUGGUCUAGUCUUUGGGGGCAGGGGGCAUCAAGGGACGGGGGUCUACAUUUCCCCUCAACAUGUACCCAUGUAGCACCUGAAGUGAGAAAUUCCGCAAAGCCAAAAAAGGGAAGGCUGCAAUGGAAGACCUAGAAUCUCAUCUCAAAGGAUCACACAGGCUAGUCACUGCGUGACCUACCAUCACAAACAGCCCCCCCACUUCUCACCCACAUCAUCCAGGCCCCUAGGCACAGAACUGACUCUGCAGGUGGCCAACUUUGGGGGAACUCUACAUUCCAGGGCUAGACUCUCCCAGUGCCCUGGCAGGCUGAUUUUUCUCCUGGUAUUUUCUACUUUGCGGUCUUCCUUGACAGUACUCCCUAACUGGGUUAACACAGCUACCGUCCACACCAGCAUAACAGGCUUCCUCCCCAGGGUAGUUGGAGGAAGCUCUCUGGGCUCGGUCAGACAAGUUCCCUUUCCCUGUCCCUUUGUCCUGGGCCAUGGCAUACAGGCUGAGGAGGAACAGAGAGGGUCCCAGAACCCUCCCACCCCACCUCCACUGGUACUAACAGAAGUCUGUGUCGGCACUCCCCCAACCCCCACCUCUCCUUCCUGCCAAUUGGAGGGCAACAGGCCCCCUAGGCUGGCCCUGGAUCUCCCUCCUCUCAGCAAGAGGAAGCAGAUUCAGAGGAGGCCGCCAGCAGGCCACAUGGCUUGGUCCCUUGGACAAGCAAGCUCAGGGAGGACAUAAGACAAGGUGACUGUAGAGGAAUGCGACCCUGUUGGGCACAGAUCAUGCCAUCUGGGGCUGGUCCUGGGGCUGGCUGGGCCUUGUCCUCCAUCUGCUCAAAUGUGCUUCCACAACCAGAGGAAUCCCCAUUUACUAGUUUUUCUAAUAAAUCAAUAAUACUC